AUGGCUGAGAAGCAGAAGCAUGACGGGCGGGUGAAGAUCGGACACUACGUGCUGGGGGACACCCUGGGCGUCGGCACCUUCGGCAAAGUGAAGAUUGGAGAACAUCAAUUAACAGGCCAUAAGGUGGCAGUUAAAAUUUUAAAUAGACAGAAGAUUCGCAGUUUAGAUGUUGUUGGAAAAAUAAAACGAGAAAUUCAAAAUCUAAAACUCUUUCGUCAUCCUCAUAUUAUCAAACUAUACCAGGUGAUCAGCACUCCAACAGAUUUUUUUAUGGUAAUGGAAUAUGUGUCUGGUGGUGAAUUAUUUGACUACAUCUGUAAACAUGGACGGGUUGAAGAGAUGGAAGCCAGGCGCCUCUUUCAGCAGAUUCUGUCUGCCGUGGAUUACUGUCACAGGCAUAUGGUCGUUCAUCGAGACCUGAAACCAGAGAACGUGCUAUUGGAUGCACACAUGAAUGCCAAGAUAGCUGAUUUUGGAUUAUCUAAUAUGAUGUCAGAUGGUGAAUUUCUGCGAACUAGUUGUGGCUCCCCAAAUUAUGCAGCACCUGAAGUCAUCUCAGGCAGAUUGUAUGCAGGUCCUGAAGUUGAUAUCUGGAGCUGCGGUGUUAUUUUGUAUGCUCUUCUCUGUGGCACCCUCCCAUUUGAUGAUGAGCAUGUGCCUACGUUGUUUAAGAAGAUCCGAGGGGGUGUUUUUUAUAUCCCAGAAUAUCUCAAUCGUUCUGUUGCCACUCUCCUGAUGCAUAUGCUACAGGUUGACCCCCUGAAACGAGCAACUAUCAAAGACAUAAGAGAGCAUGAAUGGUUUAAACAAGAUUUGCCCAGUUACUUAUUUCCUGAAGACCCCUCCUAUGAUGCUAACGUCAUUGAUGAUGAGGCUGUGAAAGAAGUGUGUGAAAAAUUUGAGUGUACAGAAUCAGAAGUAAUGAACAGUUUAUAUAGUGGUGACCCUCAAGACCAGCUUGCAGUGGCUUAUCAUCUUAUCAUUGACAAUCGGAGAAUAAUGAACCAAGCCAGUGAGUUCUACCUCGCCUCUAGUCCCCCAACUGGUUCUUUUAUGGAUGAUAGUACAAUGCAUAUUCCCCCAGGCCUGAAACCUCAUCCAGAAAGGAUGCCACCUCUUGUAGCAGACAGCCCUAAAGCAAGAUGUCCAUUGGAUGCACUGAAUACAACUAAGCCCAAAUCUUUAGCUGUGAAAAAAGCCAAGUGGCAUCUUGGAAUCCGAAGUCAAAGCAAACCAUAUGACAUUAUGGCUGAAGUUUACCGAGCUAUGAAGCAGCUGGAUUUUGAAUGGAAGGUAGUGAAUGCAUACCAUCUACGUGUAAGAAGAAGAAAUCCAGUGACUGGCAAUUAUGUGAAAAUGAGCUUACAGCUGUACCUAGUUGACAAUAGAAGCUAUCUUUUGGACUUUAAAAGCAUUGAUGAUGAGGUGGCGGAGCAGAGGUCUGGCUCCUCAACGCCCCAGCGGUCCUGCUCUGCUGCUGGCUUACACAGACCGCGAUCCAGUUUGGAUUCUGUAACUGCGGAGAGCCAUUCGCUCUCUGGCUCUCUCACGGGCUCCCUGAUCGGGAGCACAUCGUCUUCCGUUCCACCUCGCCUGGGCAGUCACACCAUGGAGUUUUUUGAAAUGUGUGCCAGUCUGAUCACUACUUUAGCCCGUUGA